AUGGCUUUUCAGCAAAACUUCAGUGACCUGACCAUCAAUUAUGGAUCAGAGAGUAACAUCCCACAUAAACAAAUGCCGAAUUCGGGCCCGCAGCCGAUCGAUAAUCCAAACGGGUGCUUCGACUGCAACAUUUGUCUCGACUCAUCUCACGACCCUGUUGUCACACUUUGCGGCCAUCUCUACUGUUGGCCGUGCAUCUACAAAUGGCUCCGAGUUCAAAAUUUGUCAAUCGAGUCAAACGAGCUUCCUAAAUGCCCCGUUUGUAAAUCCCACAUCUCAACUUCCACACUUGUCCCUUUAUACGGACGGGGAAAAUUCGAGCCUGAGCCGAAAAAACUCAACCAGUUAGAUUUGAUCAUACCUGAUCGACCUCAGGCCCUUGGGAUGAACUCUGUGUUAGCUGCCUCAAAUCAUCAGAACCAUCAAAAUCACCAAAUCCCUUCUCAACCGACUAACCGGGCUUACCAAGUGGGCCCAUCAUCUAUGAGCUUCUACAGCCCGACUAUCAACAUGGUAGGCGAAUUGGUGUUUGCUCGGAUGUUUGGGAGUCCGGACACGAAUCUGUUUGCUUACCCUUACUCGAACUAUGGGCAUUUUUCGGGGAAUGGUAGCCCGAGGCUGAGGAGGCAAGAAAUGCAGGUGGACAAGUCGCUUAAUCGGGUCUCAAUCUUUCUGUUCUGCUGCUUCAUCUUGUGCCUGAUCCUGUUUUAG